GGCCCCGCUCCCCUCCGGGCCCUCGGCGUUGGCGGUGACGUCACUCCCGCCCGCUGCCUGGCGCGGGGCGCGCGCUGGGGGGGGGGGCGAGCGGCAGCGCGAGGCGGCGGCUUCGGGCGGCGGCAGCGCCAUGUUUCAGACCUUGUACAACUAUUUUUGGUGGGAACGGCUCUGGCUCCCGGCGAACCUCACCUGGGCCGACCUGGAGGACCGGGAUGGGCGAGUCUACGCCAAAGCCUCCGACCUCUACAUCACCCUCCCCUUGGCCUUCCUCUUCCUCGUCGUCCGGCACCUCUUUGAGACGUACGUGGCCACCCCACUGGCCGGGCUACUGAACGUCAAGGAGAAGAUCAGGUUAAAAGCCACCCCCAAUGCCGUGCUGGAGAAGUUUUACGCUGCCACCACCAAACACCCCAAGCAGGCCGACGUGGAGAUGCUCUCGAAGAAGAGCGGCUGCACGGUGCGGCAGGUGGAGCGCUGGUUUCGCCGCCGCCGCAACCAAGACCGGCCCAGCCUGCUCAAGAAGUUCAGGGAGGCCAGUUGGCGAUUCACGUUUUACCUUAUUGCUUUCAUUGCUGGCAUGGCUGUCAUAGUGGAUAAACCCUGGUUCUACGACCUCCGGGAGGUGUGGAAGGGAUACCCCAUCCAGAGCAUGCUGCCCUCCCAGUACUGGUACUACAUGAUCGAGCUGUCCUUCUACUGGUCCCUGCUCUUCAGCAUCGCCUCCGACGUCAAGCGCAAGGACUUCAAAGAGCAAAUCAUCCACCACGUCGCCACCAUCAUCCUCAUCAGUUUCUCCUGGUUCGCCAACUACAUCCGUGCAGGGACGCUCAUCAUGGCCCUGCACGACUCGUCGGACUAUCUGCUGGAGUCCGCCAAGAUGUUCAACUACGCCGGCUGGAGGAACACCUGCAACAACAUCUUCAUCGUCUUUGCUGCCGUCUUCAUCGUCACCCGCCUGGUCAUCCUGCCCUUUUGGAUCAUGCACUGCACGGUGGUUUAUCCGCUGGAUCUCUACCCUGCCUUCUUCGGCUACUACUUCUUCAACUUCAUGAUGGUGGUGCUGCAGUCGCUGCACAUCUUCUGGGCCUACCUCAUCAUCCGCAUGGCCCAGAAGUUCAUAACUGGAAAGGUGGUGGAGGACGAGAGGAGCGACCGCGAAGAGACGGACAACUCGGAGGAGGAGGAGGAGGCGGCGAAGAACGGGCCCCUCUCCAACGGCCACCCCGUCCUCAACAACAACCACCGCAAAACCGACUGAGCGCCCUCGCCCCGACUCUGCGCCCGCGGGGGCGGCCGGGGGGGGGGCCCUGCCGGAGGCCAAACCCGUGAGAUGUCAAAUCCCACCGCUGCCGCCCUCGCGUAGCGCCAAGGUCCCCGUCCCCUCCAUCCUCGCCCCUCCCCGGUCCAGCAGAGCAAACCGGGACCCCGGAGAGCCCAAAUCGGCCCCUGGUCCCCUCCGUCGCCUCCUCCGGAGAGGGGCCGCGGCUCCAGGGGCGGCUGCAGUCGCUGCUUUUCCGCCUCGCACUCGCCGUCGGUGCCCUUUCUGCCUUUCACCUGCUGCCUUAAUCCACCGCGGUGCCCCGGCGCAGGCAGAGCGAGGACGGCUCCCGCCGGCACCCCUCCGGGACGGCUCUUCCCCCCCCCCCUGCAGCCCCUUGGCAGCGCCUGUGGCCGGAGAUCUCGGCUCCGGCGCCCGGCCGGGCUCCAGCUCCGCGUUAUUCCCCCUUUUCCCCGCCAGCCCCUCGCCGGAGGGGAGCACGUCCUGCAGCCGCCUCUUCAAAUAUUUUGGGGGGGUGGGAGGGGGGGGACGACGACGGUGGCAAAAGCCCCUUCCCUGCUGCGUGUCCGGCUUCGCUGCCGGCACCGAGCGAGGGGGAGCGGUGGAAAAGCGGGCGCAGCCCUGGCAGGGAGGAGCAGGGGACGGGUUGGGGGGGGUUUCGGGGGCCGAGGGGGCUCCACGAAGGAAGGUGCAGGGUUCAGUCACUACUCGCGUCUCCUGGAGGAGUUUAAUCCCCUCGUUUCUCUUUGUAAAUGGGUUUGGAGUCUCUCUCCCUCUCCCGGUCCCUUCCCCAGCUAUAACAGGACAAAUUUGCAACUGAUUUUUUUUUUUCUUUUUUUCUUUUUUUUUUUUUUUGGUUUGUUUCUAUUUAUUUGGAAGACAGAAGGAGCCGGGCUUGGCUCUGUCUCCCACAUCCACCCGGGAUGCGGCGAGACUUCCCAGCGCGGAGGGGUGGGGGAAAAGGACCAUUAACCAACGUCAGACCAAAACGUGUUUUGUUGUUUUUUUUUUUUGGUUUGUUUUUUUUUUUUUUUUUAAAAAAAGGUUAAAUAUAUUAAAAGUUAAAAAACUAAUAAACUUCAGUUAAAAAAAAAAA